AUGAGUAGGAGGCACCGUCGAUCUAAAGUAACACGUGUGGUGAAUUUGGUGAAGAAAAUAAUAGCUUUCUUCUUUUCCCAUAUUGGGUUAUGUGCUUUGGUUGUGGGGUAUGCUCUCUUAGGGGCCGUUAUUUUCCAGGCGGUUGAAGGCCCUCAUGAAGAGCAGAUUCAGUCUGAAGUUACCUCUGCACGCGAACGAGCAGUAACUGUUGUUUGGAACACGACAUUCCGAGUUAACCGCUUAGAUGAGACACAAUGGAAAAACGCUGUUUAUGUUGAGGUGAAAAAAUUUCAAAAAAUUUGUAUGUCUGCUAUUCGUCGUGGAUAUGAUGGGAAAGAAUUUAAGCAAGCGGCGCAGUGGACAUUCACAGGAGCUUUUUUAUACUCUUUGACAGUCAUAACAACCAUCGGAUAUGGUAACACAGCUGCCAAAACAUAUAUUGGAAAAACAUUAACAAUGUUAUAUGCAAUCAUAGGAAUUCCUCUUAUGCUGCUAUUCUUAACUAAUAUCGGAGAUGUCAUGGCAAAGAUUUUCAGAUUCAUGUUUGCGCAAUCAAUCAGACUAAAAUACCGUUUGAUUCUAUGGCAUAAGAAGAGAAAAGCUGCUAAAAUUCGUAGAGCAAACUCUUUGGUUUCACGACUGACUCGCGGACAUCGAGUGAAAGCGGACAGUUCUAUAGAUUCAUUAGGAGGACCAGAUGUGGAAGAUCUGUUAACUGCUCGCGUUGAAAUGGAACAAUUAGAAGUUCGUGAAACUGCACAAGCUCAGCUGGACAAGAUAACAGUGCCUCUCUCUCUAGUUGUCUUCACUAUGUUGGCCUAUUUAAGUGCAGGAACAAUCCUCUUCAAAAUCUGGGAAGGAUGGACUUUUCUUGAAAGCUUCUACUUCUGUUAUAUAUCUUUGACAACAAUAGGGUUUGGAGAUCGUUUCCCGGGCGCCUCUGUCGGAAAUGACAAAGAUUCUCAAGAAAAACUGGUUAUCACAAGUGUGUAUCUCUUGUUUGGCAUGGCGCUUUUGGCUAUGUGUUUCAAUCUGGCACAGGAACAGGUUCAAAACAAGACGAGAUGGAUUGCUGAUAAAUUCCGGUCGAAAGAAGACGAUGAGGAUUGA